AUGGGUGGAGCCAUCAAGUCUCAAUUUAGAUCUCUCUGCUUUUAGGCGCGCCCAUUUGAGAUUGCUAAACCGUGGUGCGAAGUGGGAAAGGCAGGCAGUAGGUGGCCAGCCACACCCCGCAGGGCGCGCACGUGGCGGGCUGCAGACCCCGCCAGCAGAACGCCGAGAUGCGCAGCCGGAGGCUCCUGAGCGCUGCCCACCUUCUCUGCGUGUGCACGGUCGCGCUGGCAGCCCCCGGGCCCAGCUUUCUGGUGACAGCCCCAGGGAUCAUCAGGCCAGGAGCAAAUGUGACUGUCGGGGUGGAGCUCCUGGAAUACAGCCCCCCACAGGUCACUGUAAAGGCUCAGGUGUUCGCGACGGCUUCCAACAGAACGCUGUCCGUCCUGGAGGCAGAAGGAAUCUUUGAAAGAGGUUUUUUCAAGACUCUUACCCUUCCAGCACUACCUCUCAACAGUGCAGACCACAAUUACAAACUGCACGUAACCGGAAGCACUCAGGAUGGGAUUUUAUUCUCCAACAGCACACGCUUAUUAUUUGAGACCAAGAGGAUAUCUGUCCUCAUUCAGACAGACAAGACAUUCUACAAGCCAAAGCAGCAAGUGAAGUUUCGUGUGCUCACCCUCUUCUCAGAUUUCAAGCCUUACACAACCACCGAAGUGAACAUUUUCAUUAAGGAUCCGAAGGCUAAUUUGAUUCAACAGUGGCUUUCUCAGCAAGGUGACCUCGGGGUCCUUUCCAAAACAUUUCAAUUAUCCUCGGAUCCAAUACUUGGUGACUGGUCCAUUCAGGUUCAAGUGAAUGAUCAGCAGUAUUAUCAAUCAUUUCAGGUUGCAGAAUAUGUGUUACCCAAGUUUGAAGUCACUUUGCAAACACCGCUGUACUGUUCUUUGAACGCUAAGAACUUAAGUGGUACCCUCACAGCAACGUAUACAUACGGGAAGCCAGUAAGGGGACACGUAACACUUACAUUUUUACCUUUAUCCUUUUGGGGAGAGAAGAAAAAUAUCACAAAACACUUUGAGAUAAAUGGAUCCACAAACUUCUCUUUCGAUGCUAAAGAGAUGAAAAGGGUGAUGGAUUUCUCGGAUGUGCUUUCUGAACACGUGGGUCCAUUCGUCCCUGGGCCCAUAGAGAUCAUAGCCACCGUGACAGAAUCCCUUACAGGUAUCUCCAGAAACGCAAGUACCAAUGUGUUUUUCAAGCAACAUGAUUACAUCAUUGAGUUUUUUGAUUAUGCUACCGUCUUGAAGCCCUCUCUCAACUUUACAGCGACUGUGAAGGUCAGCCGCUCUGAUGGCGGUCAGCUGACUCACAAAGAGAGAAGAAACAAGUUAGUCGUCACGGUGCGCCAGCGGAAAAAUACCAACAUCUGGAACAGGUGGUACAGAGGGAACCAGGAGAUGGAUGAUGUCCACAUCAUAAAUUAUACCGUCCCCCACAGUGGGAUCUUUAAGAUUGAAUUCCCGAUCCUGUACAAUUCCAGCGAGCUACAACUGAAGGCUUCUUUUCUUGAUAGCAUAGGUAAUAUGGCAGUUCAUGGCAUGUUCACCUCCCCUAGUAGGACUUACAUCCAGCUUAAAACCAAAGAUGACCAUGUAAAGGUGGGAUCACCUUUUGAACUGACCAUUAGUAGCAACAAGCAACUCAAGGAGUUAAGCUAUAUGGUAGUAUCAAAGGGACAGUUGGUGGCUGUAGGCAAACAAAAUUCAAGAAUUUUCUUUUUAACACCAGAAGCUUCCUGGGCUCCCAAGGCCUGCAUAAUUGUGUAUUAUGUUGCCGAUGAUGGGGAAAUUAUAAAUGAUGUUCUUAAAGUCCCCGUUCAGCUGGUUUUUAAAAAUAAGAUAAAGCUAUUUUGGAGUAAACCUAAAGCCAGGCCAUCCGAGAAGGUGUCUCUCAGGAUCUCUGUAACACAGCCUGAAUCCGUAGUUGGGAUUGUAGCUGUUGACAAAAGUGUGACCUUGAUGAAUGCCUCAAACGAUAUCACAAUGGAAAACGUAGUCCAUGAGCUGGAAUUGUAUAACACAGGGUAUUAUCUAGGCAUGUUCAUGAACUCCUUCGCUGUCUUUCAGGAAUGUGGUCUCUGGGUACUGACAGACGCAAACCUUGCAAAAGAUAACAUCGAUGGUAUUUAUGACACCGCAGAGUAUGCUGAACGGUUUAUGGAGGAGAACGAGGGAAACCAGGUUGAUUUGCAAGACUUUUCUUCAGGUAGCAACCCACAUGUCAGGAGCCACUUUCCAGAAACCUGGAUAUGGCUGGAUUCCCACAUGGGGUCCAAGAUGUACCAAGACUUUGAAGUUACUGUACCUGAUUCCAUCACUUCUUGGGUGGCUUCUGCUUUUGUCAUCUCUGAAGACUUAGGACUUGGGCUAACAACUGUUCCAGCAGAGUUUCAAGCCUUCCAGCCAUUUUUCAUUUACCUGAAUCUUCCCUACUCUGUUAUCAGAGGUGAAGAAUUUGCUUUGGAAGUAACCAUAUUCAAUUAUUUGAAAGAUGCCACUAAGGUUAUAGUGCUCAUUGAGGACAGCAGCAGCUUUGAUAUUUUAAUGUCUUCAAAUGACAUCAAUGAUACCUCGUACCAGCAGACUGCUCUAGUGCCCAGUGAGGAUGGGGUCACUUUGUUUUUCCCUAUCAAGCCAACACACCUGGGAGAAAUUCCCAUCACAGUGAAAGCGGCCUCGCCCACUGCUUCUGACGUUAUCACCCAGACGGUUUUAGUGAAGGCGGAAGGGAUAGAAAAGUCAUAUUCACAAUCUAUUCUACUGGAUCUGACUGACAAGAAAGUACAAACUACCCAGAAAACUUUGACUUUCUUGUUUCCUCCUGAUACGGUCAAUGGCAGCGAGAGAGUUUGGAUCACAGCAGUUGGUGAUAUACUUGGUCCUUCUGUCAACGGCUUGGCCUCGCUGAUACGGAUGCCGUACGGCUGCGGUGAACAGAAUAUGAUAAAUUUCGCUCCAAAUAUUUACGUUUUGGAUUAUUUGACCAAACAGAAACAGCUGAGAGACAAUUUAAGGGAAAAGGCCCUUUUGUUUAUGAGGCAAGGUUACCAAAGGGAACUGCUCUAUCAGAGGGAAGAUGGCUCCUUCAGUGCUUUUGGGAAUAGCGACCCUUCUGGGAGCACUUGGCUAUCAGCAUUUGUUUUAAAGUGUUUUCUGGAAGCGGAUUCCUAUAUAGAUAUUGACCAAGAUGUGUUACAAAGAACAUACAUUUGGCUCAAAGCACAUCAGAAAACCAAUGGUGAAUUCUGGGAGCCAGGAAGAGUGAUUCACAGUGAACUUCAAGGUGGCAAUAAAAGCUCAGUGACCCUUACAGCCUAUAUUAUGACUUCUCUCCUGGGCUACAAGAAGUAUCAGCCUAAUGUCAACGUACAAGACUCUGUCAAGUUCUUGGAGUCUGAACUCAGCAGAGGAAUUUCGGACAACUAUACUUUAGCGCUUAUAACCUAUGCGCUGUCUUCAGUGGGGAGUCCCAAAGCAGAGGAUGCUUUGCGCAUGCUGACUCAGCAAGCAGAGAAUAAAGGAAACAUGCAGUUCUGGUUGUCAUCGGCACCCACGCUUUCUGAGUCCUGGCAGCCUCGCUCCCUGGACAUCGAAGUUGCAGCUUAUGCGCUGCUCUCACACCUACAGCAGCGUACUUUUGAGGGGUUUCCAGUUAUGAGGUGGCUCAGCAGGCAAAGAAAUAGCCUUGGAGGUUUUGCAUCCACUCAGGAUACUAUUGUGGCCUUGAAGGCGCUAUCUGAAUAUUCAGCCCUAAUGCACACGGAAAAUAUAGAUAUCCAAGUGACUGUCACGGGGCCCAGCGCACUGAGACCUGUACACUUCCGGAUUGACACACAGAACCGCUUUCUCCUACACAGGGCAGAGCUUGCUGCACUAGAGCCCACUGUAGUGCAUAUUUCUGCACAUGGUUUGGGAUUUGCUAUUUGCCAGCUUAAUAUUGUUUAUAAUGUGAAAGGUUCAGAUGCUUUAAGAAGACAGAGGUCUAUCCAAAAUCAAGAAGCUUUUGAUUUAGAUGUUGACGUGAAAGAUGAGGACGAUGUCAAUCACGUGAACUUGAAUGUGUGCACAAGGUUUUUGGCCUCAAACAGGAGUGGCAUGUCCCUUAUGGAGGUUAAUCUCCUCAGUGGCUUUACUGUACCUUCAGAUGCAAUUCCUCUGAGUGAGAUGGUGAAGAAAGUGGAAUAUGAUCAUGGAAAACUCAACCUUUACUUAGAUUCUGUAAAUGAGACCCAGUUUUGUGUUGAUAUUCCUGCUGUGAGAAACUUCAAAGUUUCCAAUACUCAAGAUGCUUUGGUGUCUAUAGUGGAUUACUACGAACCACGGAGGCAGGCUGUGAGGAGCUACAACGCCAAGGUGAAGCUGUCGUCAUGUGACCUCUGUGGCGACACCAGCUGCCAUCCGUGCAUGGAUGGGACCACGGGCUCCCUUCGCGGUUCUUCGGGCCUUCUCGCCUGCUGUUUCACUCUCCUGUACUUGGUGCAGCAUCAUAGGUUGUGA